UCAAAUGAUGCGACACAACCAAUAUAAGCCAGUUCAGAGAGCAAACAGGUUGUUGAAGGUGGGAAGGAGAAAGUCUGAGAAUGUUUCUUCUAUCCAAUGUGAGAGGACGAGAACGAGUGCGUAUGCGAGGUGGGCGACGAGGAGGAGGGCAAGAAAGAGGAAGACGAAGAGGAAGACAAAGAGUGGAAAUAUCUGAUGAAAUUCGAGCAACAGUUAUAGACCAUGUUCUUGUCCAUGGACUGACAAUGAGGGAASCAGGACUUAGAGUGCAACCCAAUUUGAGCCGAUUUUCUGUGUCCACCAUAGUAAGGACAUUCAGAGAAGAGAACAGAAUUGCAAGGCUGCCACAUGCAGGUGGAAGGACAGCUAUAUUCACUCGGGAGCAAGAGGCCRUUAUAGUUGGCAUGGUCCUUCAAGAUAAUGCAAUAAGACUCAGAGAAAUCCAGGAACGAGUGAUACAACACAACACACACUUCCAGGGAAUCGACAGUGUGAGCAUUUCCACAAUUGACCGUGUCCUCCAUCGUAACAGGAUGCRAAUGAAACAAGUAUACAGAGUACCUUUUGAGCGCAACUCACCAAGGGUGAAAGAACUGCGAGCUCAGUAUGUGCAAACAAUAUUUGACUUGGAAUCCUUGGACAGACCCCAUGAGUUCAUCUUUGUCGAUGAAGCASGCUUCAAUCUAACAAAGAGGAGRAGGAGAGGCYGAAACAUGAUUGGACAGCGGGCCAUUGUUGAAGUCCCUGGUCAACGAGGUGACAAUGUCACAAUCUGUGCUGCUAUCAGCAACCAUGGUGUUCUACAUCACCAUGUUACACUCGGGCCAUAUAACACCGAGCACYUUCUAAGAUUUAUUGCCAAUCUAAGAGAUAUUUUAUUUGAGCAGCAGGUUCAAGAGCAGCAGGGUCAAGAGCUAAAUGAGAAUCCCAUUCCCACCUAUAUGAUGGUGUGGAACAAUGUCAGUUUCCACCGAGCUGCUCAGGUAAGGGAAUGGUUUAACAUCAAUGGGCAGUUUAUGAACUUGUACCUCCCUCCAUACUCGCCUUUCCUGAAUCCGAUUGAGGAGUUUUUCUCCUCUUGGAGAUGGAAAGUGUAUGAUAGACAACCCUACACCAGAGUAAAUCUGCUGCAAGCCAUGGAUUUAGCCUGUGGUGAUAUAGGUGAGGAAUCAUGUCAGGGCUGGAUACGGCACACAAGAGGCUUCUUCCCCCGUUGCCUCAGGAGGGACAAUAUUGCUUGUGAUGUCGACGAAGUGCUCUGGUUUGACCCAGCCCAAAGACAAGAAGAAACACAUUGAUCACGUUACUCCUUUGAUUUUUGUCCCUUUUAGUGUUGUAUACUGUAGUACAGUGCAUUGUAGGCUGUAUACUGUACAAUGGACAAAUUGUAUGGCCCUGAACAUUGUG